AUGCGUUCAUUCAAUGGUAUUGAAGCAACUUCUUUCGCCAAUUCCUUCGCGAAUGCAAUGAAAGCAACAGUGGUUUCUUCGCACACGGACUGGGCGUACGGCUCGGGAAAUAUUAAAUAUGCCUAUACUGUUGAGCUGAGAGAUAAGGGCACAUAUGGUUUCUCUUUACCAAAGGCUCAAAUCAGACCGACUGGUGAGGAAACGUCCAGCGCUUUCAUCGCAUUCGCCAAAGAAUUAAAGAAAGAGCUUUAA